AUGGCUACCAUUCCGUAUAUCGAGCAUAAUCUAGGGACUACAGGAGAAUACCCACAAAGGGUCGACCGCAUCAUUGAAGUUAUGGAAGAGGCCACAGCUGGACAUCCACAUGCUAAGACAGCGCUUGAUGUUGCGUGUUGGGGCAUCUUUGGCAAAUCGGUCAGACUACCAGAAUGUGAGCUCCUAGGGAACGUUGAAUACAUUGUCAGGCAGGUUGUUGACAGCGGCCUGGCCUGCAAGCAAUAA